AUUAAUAGCACAAAUAUCUAUUUGUGGAACGAUCAAACGCUGUUGCGAGCGGCCGAAUGAAGCAAAACACCGAACACACAGACACGGUGUUUGAUUACACCUGAUUAAAAGGCGCGCCGCAGCCCGCGCUGGCGUCGUUGCUUUUCUCAGCUCUUCUUAGCGACCUCCAAGGCGCUCAUGCGGAGCCACUGACGUGCAACACUUAUGGGUGUGGCCGUGGAGGUAAAGCUCACCAUCCGGGCAACCUAUGUCGCAUCUUUCGACUUCACCAUGCACGGCUCUCCGUACACCUUCCUGGUGACCAAGUGGAGCAGCCGCGGCUUCGCCAAGUUCGCAACUCUGUUUUUCAACGCAACCACGUGGGACCCCACUAAAUUCGGCACGUUCAGUGAGGCCGAUGACGGCACGGUGUCCUUUAGCAUGGACACCUCGAAGAAGCUCAACAUGGUUGAGCAGGGUGUCAAGGACAUCCUGUCAUGCAUCGACUUGAUAGGGUGCCACUACCAGCGCUCUGUGCGUGAUUACGCAGUGUGGUACCGCGAGAAGCACCCGGAGCUGGACACGUACGUGCAGUACAUUACGCGGGCGGCUUGUUGUGCAAUCGCGCAUGUUGACUUCCUUGCACCCAACAUCACUUGGGACCUUGUGCAAUUUUUAUUGUCUUAGAGCAUGUAGAUAGACCCGUUGGCCCCGUGCGUGUGUGCGUGGCGCGCGUGUGUGUCUGAAGUCGACAGGGGUACGUACGCUAAUUUAACAUGUCGUUGGGAACUGUGAAGCGGUACGUAUGCGGGUUUGACACCUGUAUGUGUGCCAAUAAUGAUGCUGUAAACACGUCUCUGUCCCUGACUCUGUAUUUGUAGGAAUUUGACAGGGUAAGAGUGCUAAUUUAACGUGUCAUUGGGAAUUGUGAGGGGGUACGUAAGCUAAUUCAAGACUAGGGCAUUCGGGCUGAGUGUAAAGCGCUAAAACUAGGUUUGGUACGUUUACGAGUGCGGUCUGUAAAGCUGUUACUUUUGCUAAUAACACGGUAAACACGUAGCGGUACCUAGAAUUCUGUUUGUGUGGUUUUGAAGGGGUACGGUAGCUAAUUUAACGUGUGCGUAGGUAAUGCGAAGGGGUAUGUAGACGAUGUUUACAGGGAUAGAGGGGGGUGCGGGGGGGUUAGCCGGUUAGGUCCUGUGUGACCAGCAGCGCGUACCCGGACAGCGCCAGCCGCAGGUGGAUGUGCGGCGGGCGCAGGCAGUUGCGGGAGCCGUAGGCGGCGGGGAUGAUGGUGGUGUACCUGAAGACAGGGAGUUGGAGGAGGAGCGGGAGGGGGUGAGCUUGGGGGUGAGCGGGAGGUGAGGUGAGCUGGGGGGCCGCGCGGUAAUGGGGGGGAGCGGCGUGGAGGAUAAGACGGGUGCCGGUUGGUCGUUGGUCUGAUCAGGCAGUCUUACACACCACUGCGCGUGGUGACGUGCGUGGUCCGAUUCUCAGCUUGACCUACAUCCCGCCCGCCCCGUACAAGUGUUGUGCUUGGCAAAUGGCACACGAGCAUGCACAUGUGCAUGUGCAUGUGCAUGUGCGCUGGCUUACCCCAGUACC